AGUAGCUGCUGCAGUAGAAGAAGACGCAGCCGCAGACGCUCCGGGGCUCCGGGGAGACAGCCGCAGCUUUUACCCUGAAUCCUCCGUCCGGCAGCGGCCGGCAGCCCGUCAGGCCGAGGCCGAGGCGGAGAGCCCAGACUGAGGGAGAACAGCCGGAGCAGCCCCCCCCUCUCCGGUCAUGGACGCAGAGCACGGCGAGCUGUUCUUCGCCCAUGGCGAGGACGGCGGCGGCGGCGUGGCGCUGGACAGCUGGCAGCUCGACUCGUCCUCCUUCUGCGCCGACAUCGUCUUCGGCGGCGCGGAGAAGCCCCUGCAGGAGUGGGCGGUGGACCCCGGCUGUCAGCUGAACGACAGCGAGUCGGAGGACGUCCUCCACGGCGUCGACCCAAACGAGGUCUUCCCCAGCGGGCCGCCCGGCGGGGACGCCCAGUCCGAGAGCGACAGCGGCAUCUCCGAUGACCCGGUCGUCGAGUGCCCCGUUGCCACAGCAACUGUGACGCCCGUCCAGCCGGCCCCGGCAACCGUGUACCAGGUGGUGUACGACAUCGGCGGGUUGGGAGACAUCAAGGCCGAACCUGGACAACAGAGUGUGGACGUCAUCUCCAUAGAGCUGGACGAGUGGAGCUCCCACAUGUUGUUCUCCGACUCGUGUGUCGUCAACGAGCUGCCGGUCGUGUCGGCGGCUCGGCCCGACGGCGGCUUCACCGUGGCCCCGCCCACUUCCAGCGCCCACCCGCCCAGCCCCAGCGACUCAGAGCUGUACCCGGACCUCCAGCUGACCGAGGAGGAGCAGAAGCUGCUGACACAGGAGGGAGUUUCUCUGCCCAGCAACCUGCCGCUCACCAAGGCUGAGGAGCGCAUCCUGAAGAAAGUCCGCAGGAAAAUCCGCAACAAGCAGUCGGCUCAGGACAGCCGGCGCCGGAGGAAGGAAUACAUCGACGGACUGGAGGGCAGGGCAGCAGCAUGCUCGGUGCAGAACAAGGAGCUGCAGCGGACGGUGGAGCAGCUGGAGAAACGCAACAUGUCUCUGCUGGCUCAGCUGCGUCGCCUCCAGUCUCUCAUCAAACAGACGGCCAGUAAAGGAGCUCAGACCAGCACCUGUCUACUGAUCAUCCUGUUCUCUCUCGGUCUGAUCAUCAUUCCCAGUCUCAGUCCGUUCAGCCGCGACUCGGCUUCAGACGACGACUACAGACCAACGGGAGUUAUCUCUAGGAACAUCCUGACAGACCCCGCCUCCUCCCUGCCGGCGACUGACGAGGCGGACAGCCCUGCCGUCCAGUUUGACCCCGCCUUGCUGCCCCCUGACCCCGGCCAAUCAGGACCUCCGGACACUGCCGCCAUCCUCCAGCAGCCAAUGGAAAACCCUGAAAUCACAGACUUUGAGGACCAAGUCCAAGAGGGGAGCCGCUCGGGGAACGGCUCGGCUCUGGCCGCCGGGCGGACUGAGCCGCUGGCCGUGGGUUUGAGGGCGACGGCGGGGAAGGGAAGCCUCGAUCCUGCCAAACCGGCACAUGCCGACGAAAUGUAGCCGCUUAGCAUGUUAGCUUAGCGUAGCAGUGCCCCUGCUCUGGCUGCAGGCGUUGGCCAAGGACUCCACAAAAAGAUGCACAUCCUAGACGCUGAAAUGAAUGAAGGUUUGGUCCUCCUGAGCCUCCGCUGAGCCUCGCUCUGUCUCGGCUGCAGGCGGACAGAAUGAACCCCCCCUCAGGUCAGCUGGUUUUAUCCGUGCUAGCCCAGAGCUGAGGUGAAGUUCAGCUGUUCCCCAUUUCGAUCCCUGGAUUCCUCACAGCGGGAAUCAUCUGGAGUCUGUGGGCGAGCAGGGGCGGAUCUACCGUGGUGGCGUGGGCCGGCAGCUGCCACCCCGAAAACAGGCAUCGCUACCCCAGUUUUGGCACUCCAAUAGAAAAAAAAAGUAAACGUCACUGAUUGGAUAUUCCCGAGACUGAAAACCUGCUGUCCGAGUGCCAGUGAACGUGUCAUGAGACGCCGACACGGCGGCAGGUCUCGUUCCUCUCAUGUUCCUGUCCGGAUUUCAGCCGCGAUAGAACCAGAACCGCUGAUCCAACCAGAACCAGAUCAGUUUGACUUUUGCUUGACUCCUGUUGGAUUCUUUCCUUCUGUCUGUGUGCCACCCCGUAAAACUUCCCCCCUGCAGCCCCCUAAGUGUUUCUCUAGGUCCGCCCCUGUGGACGAGUGCAGCACCUCCCAUCUGAUAUUUCAGCGUUACUGUAGAUUACACAAAUUGUCAUCAGUGUGUCUGGUACUGGGGUUUUAGUGAGCAAAGCCAACAGCGCUAACAAGAUGCUUUUAAAGUAGCCAAAGGACAAAACUUUUUUUUUUCUUAUCUCAAACUAAAGUGCCUGCUGACAAAAAAUUAACAGGCUAAAUUUGAAAAAUGUUUUUUUUUUGUUUGUUUGUUUGUUUUGUAAUAUGAUGGUUUCAUUCGGGCUGGUGGUAGAAAUAAUUUCUGUGGUGACUGUAUGCAAUCGCUUUUGAAGGGAAUUGUUAAAGUUUCACUGUUAAUGCACUUGGAAAGUGAUCAGGAAUGCUUCACUGUGGUGGAACAUUUUCAGUUUUCAGUUAAAUAUGCCAGGAUGUUUGUGCCAAAUAUCCUGAUAGCGAUACACGAUAUGACUUAAAACAGUUGAGUGUUGCAACAGUGAAAGUUAACAUCAUCACACAUGAAUCAAAUGUGGCUCAUUGAAUCCACAAGAGUCUCAGUAGCCUCAGAGGAAGCUGUUGAAAUGGAAGUCAUUUCCCAGUGCAGCCCGUUUGGUUUGGGAGCGAGAGCAGGAAGACGAGCACAAACUCGCUCAGAGGAUUUGUGCCCGGAAAACUGAAAACGUGCCAACGUGAAGUGUUGCUUUGCUUCUCUGUCAGUGAUUUUGGGCUGUGAACAUGGAUCGUCUUCACUGAAGUCGGACUGAUUUUAUUGUGUUUUGUUUUAACCCUCCUGUUAUGUUUACAUUUUUGAACAUCUUUUAUGUUUGGGGUCAGUUUAACCCCUGCAGUUUAAACUUCCACAAAAUUAUUAUAACUAAAAUUGUUAUC